GAUCGUGGAUUAACCUUAACUGCUUUCUCCAUCCUCCAUUCACUCAGCCUCUCCCGCUCCAAUCCUGACCGUCGAUCUUCUUCCCUCUCCAGACCGCCAAUCAAUCUACCAACCCCACUCACUUCACUCCCUCGACGCGACUAAAAACAACUCGUCUCCAACACGGCCUCGUUGCCUGCCUAAACACCUCUAUACAUCCCUUUCGGUGCACUCAAUCCGCUGUUCCUGGUUUAUUCCGGCCGGUAUACAGCAUGGCCGCUCUCACCAUGACCCCAACCACCAUGCGGCAGCCAUUUGCCAGCUUGGACGCGCCACGCAUGCGCUCCUUGCUCAAGACUAGAAUGAACAUGAAGAACAAACAAGAUGGUGCCAUUCUUUCGGGAAAGAGACAGCCCCUGUCGGACGUGGACUCGGAGAAUAUCGACCCAACCACUUUCAAACAAUCCGCCAAACGCAAGCGUGGUGCCGACGAUGAUGACCUGGAACCUGCCAAGGAACCCUGCAAGCCAUUCAAAACCUCUCGCAUGGUUCUGACCACCGUGAAGUCAACCACUGUCACUCCUCGCAAGCCAACCACACCCACCAAACCAACCGUGUCUACUCCCAAGUCCGCUCCCAACCUUCGGCCAGCUGGACGUUCACCACCGCCCAAGUCUUGCAAGCCAUUCUCUCGUCGUUCUACUAUCGCCAAAAGCCGUCCCGAGUCCGCUAACCGGAAAUCCGUCCACCGCCCAUUCUCUCUUGCAACCGCUCUGUCUGGCGCAAAGGCAAAGAGUCAGCCCAGCCCUAAAGCUCCUGCAUCCUGGUCAUUCGAUAUCCAUGUGGACACCGAGCAGGAAGAGAUGACCAACCUCAUGCAACACUCCACCUGUGUCCUGGACAUCAGCGACCAGGAAGGGAAAGUUGAGACCUCUGGUCGAGGCAAGGAGAAUGUACCUCCGGCGGAACUCGGACUUGAUCUUCCCCGUUCUCGUCAGCAGGAGUCCCCUGCGGCUGCGGCGCGCAAGUCUGUCAUGCUGGAGGAGUCUCGUGAGCCAUUGGGUGACCUCAAUGCCGCCGACUACUACGGUGAUGACUGCCAUGCCUUCUCCUAUGCCGUUGUCUAUGAUGACGAGGCCGAGGAGAAUGCGAAGAAGGCCCCAUCAGCACCACGCUCAACCCCCAACUCCGCCCGCAGCAAGCUUUCCAACGUCUCCUCCGUCUCUUCCUUGCUUGAAGUAACCGCCCCUGCCAAGCCUACCGCUGAGGUUGAAGCUGAGGCGGCAAUCGAGAUCUGGGAGAGCGAGAGUGCUGCGGAAGAAGCCGCUGAUGCCAACUGAAUCCGCGGCCACCACUUGAUAGCUCGCCUCGGACUAUCACCCCAUCAUACAUACCAACAAGAGUUAUAUUAUAUGGCGUUCGGAUUACUCCAGGGUUGUACAGCAUCGUUUUUGGAUACCCUACCUAUACAGUCUUUUUGAUUUCGUUUGGAGCCGUUUUAUACCGACCAGAUCCGUCACGAGACGAAUUUUCUUGAGUCCUUUUUCUUAUU